CCACUUUCUACCGCCAUCUUGUUUAUUUUCAUUCGCAAUAUCGGCAUAUCAUUCAUGAAUUUUACUGAAAGAAUAUGCCUGUUGUGAUUCCCCUUCAAUGGGGAUAAUUUUGCAGACAUAGGGCGGGUUAUAAGCAAGCAGAAGGUGACCGUUCCGCCAAAAAGUCCGUCAACUCCAGGGCGAGAUCGCAACAAAACGGUCACUUCAAAUCACACCGCAAUGAACCAUGUGAAAGACGGAAAAACACUUACAAAUGAAAAUGUUGAACACGAUGUUGAGAUGGAAAACCAUCUUAAAACUGAGGAGGACCAGGAGAGGGGAGAGGAUGCCAACAUGAUUCCAGUAAAUGGAGACAUAGACAAUGAAAAGGGAGCUAAUAACCAGGAGGAAGAUAUGGAAGAAGAUGAAAGUAGAGCUGAAACAACAUUUACCUAUACAAUUGAAAAUAUAAGCAAACUGAAAGAUAGCAUUUUGAGUCCAUCAUGUAUGGUUAGAAAUCUUCCUUGGAAAGUCCUUGCAAUGCCUCGCUGGAGCCAGAACCCUGAGAGACACAACCAAAAGACCCUUGGUUUGUUUCUGCAAUGCAAUGGGGAAUCUGAUUCAACGUCAUGGUCAUGUAAUGCAACAGCAGCUAUUAAAAUUGUUACACACAAUGAUGCAGAGCCUUUUACAAGAAAAAUCCAGCAUUUAUUCUAUAGUAAAGAGAAUGAUUGGGGAUACAGUCAUUUUGUUUCAUGGAAUGAAUUAAUGGAUCCAGCCAAAGGUUUUGUGAAGGAUGACAAAAUUACAAUAGAAGUAUAUGUGAAAGCUGAUGCACCUCAUGGAGUCAGUUGGGACUCAAAGAAGCAUACUGGUUUUGUUGGAUUGAAGAAUCAAGGAGCAACAUGUUACAUGAAUUCUCUGUUGCAGACACUUUAUUUUACUAACAAACUAAGAAAGGCCACCUAUUUGAUGCCAACAGAGAGUGAUGACCCAGAGAAGAGUGUUCCAUUGUCCUUACAGAGAGUAUUCUAUGAGCUGCAGUUUGGUGAUAAACCUGUAGGAACAAAGAAACUCACUAAGUCAUUUGGGUGGGAAACUUUUGACACAUUUAUGCAGCAUGAUGUACAAGAAUUGUGUAGAGUGUUAUUGGAAAAUAUGGAAAGUAAAAUGAAGGAUACAGUGGUGGAUGGAACAAUACCACGGCUUUUUGAGGGCAAGAUGUUGUCUUACAUCAGAUGUAAGCAUGUUGAAUAUUGCUCUCAGAAGGAAGAGGCAUUUUAUGAUAUUCAGCUAAAUGUCAAAGGAAAAAAGAAUGUUUAUGAAUCAUUUGAUGACUACGUGAAACAAGAAUCUCUGGAGGGUGAUAACAAAUAUGAUGCUGGGGAUUAUGGCCUUCAGGAAGCUGAGAAAGGUGUUAUCUUUGUAAGCUUUCCACCAAUUCUUCAUCUUCAUCUUCUCCGAUUUAUGUACGAUCCAAUGGCAGAUGCCUAUGUUAAAAUUAAUGAAAAAUUUGAAUUUCCAGAGAGACUGUGUCUAGAUAAAUACCAAAAUAAGAAAGAGAAAACACCUGCCAAUUAUGUAUUACAUGCAGUGCUUGUACAUAGUGGUGACAACCAUGGGGGGCAUUAUGUUGUAUAUAUUAAUCCUAAAGGAGAUGGCAAGUGGUGCAAAUUUGAUGAUGAUGUAGUUUCACGGUGUACAAAGUCUGAAGGAAUAGAUAACAAUUUUGGUGGUCAGGAUGAAGAAAUGAAUGUAAAACAUUGUACAAAUGCAUAUAUGUUGGUGUAUAUAAGAGAAUCCUGUAUGAAUGAUUUACUUGUAAGCGUGAAUGAAAAAGACAUUCCUGAAUCAUUGGUUGAAAGAUUAGCUGAAGAAAGGAGACUAGAAGCACAGAAGAGGAAAGAGCGAACAGAAGCACAUUUAUAUAUGAACAUUCAGGUUGUGACUGAUGAUAAUUUUAAUGGACAUCAGGGAAAUGAUCUCUUUGAUGGUGAUAAAAUUAACUUCAGAAACUUUAAAGUUAAAAAGUCAGCCACAGUUUUAGAAUUUAUGCACAUGUUAGCAGAUAAUAUGAAAUACCCGGUUACACAGAUACGGCCUUGGCCAUUCCAAUUUCGUCAGAAUCAAACCUACCGACCUACUUUACUGGAUUUAGAAGCUAAUCUUAAUAAAUCUGUUCUUGAUGUUGCUGAUAAUGAAAAUCCAUGGACAGUAUUUGUAGAAACAUUGAACCCUGAAAGUGGUUUAAAAGAACUGCCACAGUUUGAUAAAGAUAGUGAUGUUCUGAUAUUUCUUAAACUGUACGAUCCAAAGAGGAAAACGAUAUCCUUUUGUGGACAUACAUAUGUUCCAAUAACAGCUAAAACAGCGGAGUUGUUACCAGAUUUAUGUAGGAGAGCAGGCUUUCCAAUUGGUACACCACUGUUGCUGUUUGAGGAAGUAAAACCAAAUAUGGUAGAGAGGAUAGAAAGUCAUGAUUUACCUAUAGAAAAAUCUUUAGAAGAGCUUAUGGAUGGUGAUAUUAUUGUCUUUCAAAAAGAUGGGAUGGACAUACAUCAGUAUGACCUUCCUACUGCUAGGGAUUAUUUCAAAGACUUGUACUAUAGAGUAGAAGUGAUAUUCUGUGAUAAAGCAAUCCCAAAUGAUCCAGGAUUCUCAUUAGAUCUGUCUCUUAGAAUGAACUAUGAACAGAUGGCCAAUGCUGUAGCAACAUAUUUACAAACGGAUCCUUAUUUACUACAGUUUUUCAAACCUCAGAGUUAUCGGGAAGGACCUGGUAAUCCUAUUAGAUGUACAUAUGAAGGAAACCUAAAAGAUCUGUUAUUAUAUGCUAAACCACGGCAACCUAGAAAAUUAUAUUAUCAGCAAUUAAAUAUAAAAAUAAAUGAAUUAGAGAACAAGAAACAGUUUAAAUGUACAUGGGUUACCAGCAAGUUAAAAGAAGAGAAAGAAUUAGUUUUAUAUCCUAGUAAGAAUGGUAAAGUAACAGACCUAUUUGAUGAAGCAAAGAAACAAGUAGAAUUAGAACCAGAUGGCUCAGACAAACUGAGGUUGUUAGAAGUUAUCAGUAAUAAAAUUUACUCCAUACAAAAAGAAGAAACAUUAUUAGAUGCCAUUAAUAUGAGUGGUUCUACAAAGACAUAUCGUAUAGAAGAGAUUCCAAAAGAUGAAGUCACUCUGAAAGACAAUGAAACUCUCAUUCCAGUAGCACAUUUUCAUAAGGAAGUUUAUUCUACAUUUGGUGUACCAUUUCUGUUAAAAAUUAAACAGGGUGAAAAGUUUUCAACAGUUAAAGAAAGAAUUCAGAAGAAAUUAGAAAUAUCAGAAAAAGAUUUUGAGAAGUACAAGUUUGCCAUUGUUGUAAUGGGAAAGGUAGAAUAUAUUUCUGAUGAAGAAAAUGAUGUCCAAGUAGAUCUCUCACUAUUUAAACCUCAUCCAAUGCAAGGAGCAAGUAUGCAAGCUAGGCCAUGGUUAGGUCUAGAUCACGUGAACAAAACACCUAAACGUUCUAAGGUUCCUUAUUCAGAGAAAGCCAUCAAGAUACACAACUGACCCACACAGAACAUUAGUCCAUUAUUUUAAUUCUCAUGUGUUCAUUGAACUUUUAUACGCUGUUAUGCCUGUGCUUAACCACACUAAGUGACGUUCUUCUGGAGUUGCAGCACUGUUCUUAUGUAUUCUAGGAGGACACUUUAAUAACAUUGUUGACAGACCUGUCCUAAAAAUGUUAAUGACACAACUUAAUUAUAAUUCUCAAAUUAUAAUGAGGAAGCAUUAGUUUUUUUUAAUUUCUUU